AUGGUGCCUGUCUACAACUGUCCCAACAACGUCAGCUUCAGCAGGCCCAACACAAACAACAACCAGAACAACAGCCACACCACCCAUGGAUCAUUCGACAACCUUCCCCAGCAGCCAAAGUUCAGCCUUCAGCACAGAGCCACCUGCAAGCCCCCAGUCCACCACUCUCACUGUAGAAUCCACCACUUUCCCCAGCAGCCCAUCGUCAGCACCAACAUCACAGCCCUCGGAGAGCUCGCCAACCACGGUCCCCACCGAGGCUUCCUCCUCCUCCCAGAGCAGCUCUGCUACAGCUCACACGACAGGCAAGCCAUCGUCAACACCGACACCACAGCCCUCGAGAGCUCACCAAGCACGGUCCUCACCGAGGCUUCCUCACCCUUCCAGAGCAGCCCUGCUACAGCACCCACGACUGGGUCCACUGACACCUCCCAAACAACCAUGCCGGGUGUAACAUCUACAACCAUCCAAAGCACGUCAGCAUCAGUAACCACUCCAGGGUCAAGUGACAGCUCCCCAUCCACGGUCGUCACGUCGCAGUCUACAACCUCCCAAAGCACUUCAGCUUCCGCACCCCCAACACUCACCUCCAUCAGCUCAACAGUCACAGCACCCACGGAACAUUCUACAGCUGGACCCAGCACUGCAAGCUCCACCUUUGGCUCGGAAUCACCUGCCACCCACCAGUCCACCACUCUCACUGGGGGAUCCACCACCUACCCCAGCAGCCCGUCCUCAGCACCAACAUCACAGCCCUCUGGGAGCUCAAUGAGCACCGUCCUCACCGCGGCUUCCUCAGCCGCCCAGAGCAGCUCUGCUACAGUGCACACGACAGGGUCCUUUAGCACUUCCCAAACCAUGGUGCCUGGUGAAACAUCUACAACCAUCCAAAGCACUCCAGGAUCAGUCAGCAUGCCAUUGUCGAGUGCCAGCUCCCCACCAUCGGUUGUCACUUCAGAGUCUACAACUGUCCCAACAACGUCAGCUUCAGCAGGCCCAACACAAACAACAACCAGAACAACAGCCACACCACCCAUGGAUCAUUCGACAACCUUCCCCAGCAGCCAAAGUUCAGCCUUCAGCACAGAGCCACCUGCAAGCCCCCAGUCCACCACUCUCACUGUAGAAUCCACCACUUUCCCCAGCAGCCCAUCGUCAGCACCAACAUCACAGCCCUCGGAGAGCUCGCCAACCACGGUCCCCACCGAGGCUUCCUCCUCCUCCCAGAGCAGCUCUGCUACAGCUCACACGACAGGGUCCUUCACCACUUCCCAAACCAUGGUGCCUGGUGAAACAUCCACAACCUUCCAAAGCACAGUAGGAUCAGUAACGACACCACUGUCAAGUGACAGCUCCCCAUCCGCGGUCGUCACGUCGGAGUUCACAACCUCCCAAAGCACUUCAGCUUCAGCACCUCCAACACUCACCUCCAUCAGCUCAACAGUCACAGGACUCACUGAUUCCUCUACAGCCGGACCCAGCAGCCCACUCUCCACCACCGGCUCACAGCCAUCUGCCACCACCCCCGCCCACCACUCUCACUGUGGAAUCCACCACCUCUCCCAGCAAGCCAUCGUCAACACCGACACCACAGCCCUCGGAGAGCUCACCGAGCACGGUCCAAACCGAGGCUUCCUCACCCUUCCAGAGCAGCCCUGCUACAGCACCCACGACUGGGUCCACUGA